GACAUCUGCACUUGUUUUCCUCACGGCCCAGCUGUGCUAACCGGAAGCGUCUGCGUUAUCAGUGUAGCGGCGUCAGGGUUAGCUAGUCACCAGAUAAGAGAGAGUUUUUGAGCCAUUAUUACUGGAGUGGGUGGCUGGCUGUAACGGAGAACGGUGGCGGGAGGCUCGCUAAGAUGUUCAGGGCUAGCGGCAUAUUGAAGUUAGCGGCGCUCAUCUUAGCGUUCCUCCUGGCUGUCUUUCUGGCUUUUCAACUGCUGGAGAUAAACGUGGAGUUCAAACUCGGCAGCAUGGCCAGGUCUUUGCCGGUAAAUGAAGCACAGACGAAGGCGCCGGCGCAUAAAUGCGGACUUUCCAAGGCGUGUCCACCUGGACACUUUGCCUUCAAGCUGACGAGCGGCGCCGCCAGCGUGGUCGGGCCCAGAAUGUGCCUGGAAGACAAGCUAUUAAUGAGCGGCGUAAAGAACAACGUUGGGAGAGGGAUCAACGUUGCCUUGAUCAACGGAAAAACAGGCGAACUUCUAAGGACGGGUUUUUAUGACAUGUGGGCAGGAGACGUGACUCCGUUUAUCAAGUUCCUGAAGGAAAUUGAAGAUGGGACAAUCGUAAUGAUGGCUUCGUUUGAUGACCCCGCAACAAAGCUGAAUGAUGAAGCCAGGAAGCUGAUCACCGAUCUAGGCAGCUCAGCCGUGGGGAAUUUGGGCUUCCGGGAUAACUGGGUCUUUGUCGGAGGGAAAGGCAUCAAGACCAAAAGCCCAUUUGAACAGCACAUAAAGAACAGCGCAGACACUAACAAAUACGAGGGCUGGCCCGAGGUCUUGGAGAUGGAAGGCUGCGUACCAAAGAGGCAGGACUGAGCUCAGCUUUGGUGGCAGCGGCCAUCCCCGCUCAGAUUAGUCCGACCGCUUUCCAUCGAGAACCGUUACGCCACACUUGCGUUGCUAAAGCGUUUCAGAUUUGGACAAUGGAUUUGUUUGAAAAAGAAUAAAAUCAUUAUAUACUUUGGAGCGGCAAAUAAAUGCUCUCAGCGCCUUGCAUUUUUGUUUGCAUAUGUUAAGAUAUGUGUUUUCCGAUGGUUUAAAUGGGACAGAGAAUACAGCGCACUGAAUUGUUGAGUUUGGUUCCGUUAUUUUUUUUUUCAUCACACUUCCGACUUUUAGACCCAAAGACCUGUUUUUGACAGACUGUUGAGUUUUUGAUCAAAACGAGCGUCGUUUCCCUCCUUUUUUAGCUGGUAGCUAAACUUUGUAUGACUUUUAUAUACACUGCCUUAAUAACGCUUUUAAUGUUUUGUAGCCAACAGGUGUUCUUUGUUCAAUUUGAUCAUUUCCCAAGUUUUGUUUUGUCUGGUUUUUUUUUUUGUUUGUUUUUUUUGCAGAAAGUUAUAAAUAACAUGUUAUGCCAUUGUAACCAAAUGUACCAAAUUCACUGUGAAAUGUGUAAAUAUUUCUUUAGACAAAGAGUUGGAAUAAGAAAAUUUAAUUUAAAGACUAUUACAACAGUAAUAUAAAAUCUUAGAAUAAAUAAAUGAUAUUGAAACCA